AGUCCCAGAGGGGCAGCCGGAUUCAUCAACCCCUGGCGCUGGCCUCAACUCGGAACUGGACAUGAUGACUCCUCGCGGCAAUUGCACCGGCCGCUUCCUUACCAUGCACAAGCGCCGUAAAAAGAAGCUCCUCACCCGAUCCCUGAGCCAAGAGGCUGCACUCCUCGACGACCUCCUACUCGGACAAGUGCAGUGCAUCCUGAAUCAGUCAGUCCAGUGGAAGUUCAAUGCAUUUACAUUAGAAAACGUCUCCGGGGGUCGUUGCUUGCCUGUGCUCUGUGUGCAUUUGUUUCACAUCUACGGGCUACUAUCUCACUUCAAGCUUGACGCAGUGAAGGCUUGGAAGCUGUUCAGCCUCAUUGAGGAGGGUUACCACAGCACAAACCCCUAUCAUAACUCGAUCCACGCCGCUGACGUCACCCAAGCCAUGCACUGCUUCUUACAGCAGAAACAGAUUCGUGAUCACUUGGAGCCGCUGGAGAUCAUGGCGUCUCUGUUGGCGGCCAUAGCCCACGACAUGGACCAUCCAGGCGUUAACCAACCAUUCCUUAUCGCCACAUCUAACCACCUGGCUGCUUUGUAUCGAAACACCUCCGUGUUGGAGAAUCAUCAUUGGCGUUCCGCUGUCAGCUGCCUCAUCGAGAGUGGAUUGCUGGAUCAGAUGGCGGAGAUUCGGGCCAUUUUGGAGAAUCAGAUCAGUUCACUGAUCCUCGCAACGGAUAUCACUCGACAGCAGGAGUACCUCAGCCAGUUCAAGACUCAUUUGGACACGAACACCUUGGACAUGACGCAAAAGGAACAUCGCCAUUUGGUAUUACAAAUCGCCCUGAAGUGCGCAGACAUAUCUAAUCCUUGUCGUCCGUGGGAAAUCAGCAGGAAAUGGAGUCUCAAAGUAUGCGAGGAGUUCUUCCGCCAAGGCGAUUACGAAAGGAAACUUAAUCUACCCGUGACCGCUCUCUGCGACAGGCACACCACCUCCAUUCCCAAGAUACAAACAGGGUUUUUCAAAUUUGUCGUCACUCCAUUAAUAACAGAAUGGCACAGGUUCCUACAGAAUGACUUAUCAGCACAAAUGCUAAAGAAUCUGUUGUAUAAUCAAAGCAAAUGGGAGAUGCUGGUUGCCCAGGAGUUAGCGGAGGAAACUGGCACAGAAAUAUCUGAUGCGGAUAUGGUGGAUGACGACCUCGAAACUUGUUCUGGGACUAAUAUAUCUGACAGUUCUGAACUUCUUUUACCACUGCGUAGAAGUUCUCUUAAUCCAGUGAAGCAAGUGCGUUUAAAAGAUCAGCUCCGUCGUUUCUCUGUGCCGUUGAACGUGUUUCAAGAUUCAAAAUAUCGUCGGGAUAAAAUAAGAGCCUCCUCUAUUGAUCCAUGUCAGAGUAGUGUACAGAGUCCCGAUGGCAGCGAGCACUCUCUGCAUUCUCAGCUCAGCGUUAGAGGCCACUGCGAGCACUCUCGUUCCACUGCAGAGAAAGUUCUCAGUACAGAAAAGCUUCUACCUGAUUCCUCUAUAGCAUCUAUAACUACUCCAGUGCAAGCGACGAGGUUGAACACAGUACUAAAAGACGGCUGUACGUGGAAACUGGUCCGCCAACAGACAUUCCCGCCACUGGAGUCUGUUGCACGUGCGCAUGCCCACCACAACAACCAAACGGAAACCAGCCAAGAGGAUUCAAUGUUCCCAUCUCGAUUCCGAUCUGAAGUGUGGAUUAGGCUCGAUGGGAGUAAGAGGGAAGGGACAUUUACUAGUAUAUUCCGAAGGAACGAUUCUGAAAAGACUGAUACAGAUGACACUUCACAAAAUAAUAACGUUGGGACUGAACCUGCCAAGAAUUUAGAGAAAGAGAAUUUGGAUCCGUUUGUUCGUGCAAGCCUGGAAGGCCGUCGUGACACUACAUCGAUCGGUAGCCAGUUACGAGAUAAUCUGACCGCGAUGCACCACAGCGUAUUCACUUCAGAUCAACUACAGCGGCGCAGGAAAUCUAUGCCUGCUGAAACAGUCGCUUAUACACCAAAAGAAAAGAAGAUACGUGAAGUGGCUACCGCUUUACCGCAGUUUUUGAGGCGGACUCUGUCGAGCAAGGAAUCAUGGACACGACGCCGCGGCUCUGCACCAGCUCCGGUUGCUCCUUCAGAGUUUCGUGGUCUAGCAACUUUAGGAGCUUUGAGGCACAGCAUCAACGGGGGCCGAAGAAAAACAAAUCCUAUUACUACAUGUCAGCAGUGGCUAGCCAAAGCCACGUACAACGUCCAAGAAAGAACCCAACAACUGCCUCGGAGGAGUUCGCUCCCAGUAGAGGUGCUUACAGGUGCUAAUCAGGCUGAUGCUUUUUACUCUUACAUCCAUUAA